GUCUCGGAGAAUGAAGGCGGAGCGGAUGAGCCUGACGAGGCAGAGGACGGGGCAAUCCAGGCUAAACAGUUUGUUUGCUCCGGCGCCAAACAACUCAAAGUGGUUGCAGCCUUACUCGAUUACGACCAGAUGAGAGGUGUUUCCAGCAGUACAUACUUGCAGAAGAGCGCAGCCCUCCUGAGAGACAGCAUUGGCUGCGCAAUCACCUCGCAGCAGAAUGAUAUUGACAGGCGCGUCAGGCUGGUGCUGACGGGCGAAGGACCAGUGUAUCGCAGCCUGUCUUCACUCGGAACAACAUUCAAUGUCAAGCGAGUGCGCAAUCUGUAUUACGAGCAAAGCUUUGCUGACCUGGUGCUACAGGAGAUGGUCUUGUGGCGCGGAGUACGACUCCUGUCGCUGCUGCCAACUGCCACGGCUCACUGGUGGCCUCUGAUUGAAGAUGUGUUUUCCUCGCCCCCAGUGCAGGAGCAGAAACAGGCAAUGCAUCGAUACUUCUCAGACCAGCAGGAAUUCGAGUCCAUUUCCAUUGAUGCAACCGUUAAGUGUUGCAUGUCGGUUAUGGGGCAGGAGUCAUACAGAUGCAGUUCGGCCAAGAGAAAUUCUGCACCUUUUGGCGAUGACGCUGCUUACAGACGUGUUCUAACUGUCAGGGGCAGAACCAGCGCAGUUCUGGCUAUGUCAGCAAUGCAAACAGAGCGUGCAGAGGACGUCCGCGCAGCCCUGGCCGACGCACUUCCUCCAGCAGGGCUACAGCAGGUUCAGUGUGUGGCAGCCGACAACGCGUCCUUGAAGUUACACACCGAACUUGUUCGAAUCAUGCCCAAUCUCCACGCGCUCUGCUUGGACCCCAUACAUCUCUCUAUUGUCUAUGAGCGUCUUGGAUUUCAAGAGUAG